GCGCGAAGGUGCGCCACGGCAAUGUGUGAACGGCGGGCUGUUUAAAGUCUCUCAGGAUGCUGAAUAUUGGUUUUGUGGAAGCUUCUGGAACUCUUCUCCUUAGUAUGAUAUAACCUGAUUCAGAGCGUACUGCAUAUAGUAAAGGGAUGCUUAGUUCAAGCUUGAGAAGUACUGAAAUCCUCUAGUAGGGCAGAUUUGGACUACAGUGAGCAUUUAUUUGGCUUAGGAAAAUGGAGGCUCCGAACAAGUUCGUCGCUGUCUCAGAACCUCAAAACCUGGCUCUGUGUGAACAAAGUGAGGUCUUGAAAGCAGAUGUGUCUUGGCAGCAGGAGAUCCCCCCUGUCAUAGGGUCAUAUGACUCCGAGGUAUCUCGCCAGAAGUUCAGACAUUUCCAGUAUUUGAAAGUGUCUGGGCCCCAGGAAGCACUGGACCAACUCUGGGAGCUCUGUCUUCGGUGGCUGAGACCAGAAAUCCACACAAAGGAGCAGAUUUUGGAACUCUUGGUGCUAGAACAGUUCCUGGCAAUCCUCCCUGAAGAAGUCAGGACUUGGGUACAUUUACAUCAUCCCAAGAACAGCAAAGAUGUGGUGACCUUCAUAGAGGAUGCCACGGAAAUGCUGAAAGACAAGGGUGUACCUUUCAGAGACGCUGCCCCUCAGAAGAGCCACACCGAGGAGGAGAACGUGGAAGCUGACUCACUAACAGACAAGCCCCAAGAACCAGUAACAUUCAGAGAUGUGGCUGUGGAAUUCAGCGAGGAAGAGUGGGGGCAACUGGACUCUGCUGAGAAGAACUUGUACAAGGACGUGAUGCUGGAGAAUUACAGGAACCUGAACUCUUUGCAUAAAGUAGAGAACCCCAACUUGGAGAACAAGGAAAAAAGAUGGGUAAUAGAAGGAGAAAUCCCAAGAAGGACCAUUUUGGAGACUAUUUCAGAAGACCAAAAUUCACUUCUAAAGCAGAAUGUUUCUGCAGAAGAAUCAUUGCAUGGAAAAAUUAUGACAAGCCCUGCCAAAAAUGUACAUGCUUCCUUACACAAAUGGAGAGGUGAGGAUCAGCUUCAUAGGAACCAGGAAAAGCAGGAAGUAAAUUUUCCACAAGAAGCUUCCAUUCAUAUGACAGUCUACAGUGAGGAAGGAGAUUCUGAAUAUAAUGACAAUAAGAAAAGCUUUAUGUCAGUUAACUCUAUUUGGGAUAUACAACAGGAAACUCCUGCAGAAACAAGGUCUCCAAACAGCCAUAAGUUUAAAACUAACUUCACGUUUAAUUCAGACUCUGUGGACGAGCCACAUUCAGAAUAUAACGAAUGUGGAAAUGCUUUGAGCAUUAAUACACAUAUUAUUCAGCCCAACAAAAGGCAUAUUACAGUGAAUUCCUAUGCAUGUUAUCAAUGUGGAAAAACCUUUAGCCGAAGUUCAUCACUCAUUAGACAUCAGAUCAUUCACACUGGAGAGAAGCCCUACAGAUGCAGUGAAUGUGGGAGAUUCUUUAACCGAUACACAAACCUAACAAAACAUCAAAAAAUUCAUACUCAGGAAAAGGCCUCUGAAGGUAGUAACUGUGGAAUAACCUUCUGUAAGAGUGAAGACAGUCAUAAAAACCCAAGACUCCAUUCUGGACAUAAUUUCUAUGAAUGUGUCGAUUGUGGAAAAUCAUUCAACCGUAGUUCCUCCCUGAUACGACAUCAAAUGAUUCAUACAGGAGAGAGACCAUUCAAUUGUAAGGACUGUAAGAAAGCUUUCAACCGACGUUCAAACCUUAUUAAACAUCAAAAACUUCAUACUCAAGUAAAAACUGAAAAGGAAGAAAUAACUGAAUUACCUUUAAUAGGUGCAGGACUCACUCAACAUCAUGGAUAUUAGAGAGAAUCCCAUAAAUAUAAUAAAUAUAAUAAAGCAUUGUCAAAAUUAUUCCUUAAGUGAUGUGACAGAAUACUAGAAAGAAAUCUGUUUGAGAGAGCUUUUCUUUUUUUUUGAGAGAGAAAGCUUUUCUAGACUCCCAAAUGAAGCUAUAAGGGUUUAUACUUUUAACAUACUAUCACUAUACAAAUCUUUGUCUAUCAUUUUGAUAUGUUACCCGCACCUUUCUCUGGUUCAUAAAUAGGACUGAUUCUUGCAUUCACCUGACUUAGUGAUGAAAUAGAUAUUAGAGAGCAGCCAAGAAACAUGCUUUGAGUUGAUAUUUAAUGAACUGUUGGUCCUUAUGAGAAGGCCGCAAUAAAAAAGAAGCUUAUGACAAGUAUAAUAUAGAGGAACACUGUUAAGGACUGAAAUCUCUGAAUUAAUGGCAAAGUCUUCAGUGACUGCCAGUUAUUCCCAUUCAUUCCACCCCAAAGAUAUCUUUACCAAAUUGGGGGAGUUUUCAAUUGCAAUGGGAAAUUCAGUUGUUCACUUUUAUGUAUUCUUGAAAUCUGCAUUUUUAAAAAGUACUUUUUGAGAUCCAGGCUGGAGAGACAGCUAUAGCCUGAGGUGAGAUCUGUAUUUAUCCCAGAUUCUAUGAUAUUAAUAAAGUAUCCUAACACUCUGUACCAAAACUGUGCCUGCUGUAAGCUAUUUCAGAUCCCAAAUGGUUCUUUGAGCCAAGUGGUAUGUCGUAAUCUACCUCCCAAGAAGUUCACAAUGGAGAAAUUCUCAGUGAAUGAUGAUGGUGGCUUCUCAUCAGAGUUCAGGCCUCGAAAAGCAGGAAAGGUGGACUAGAGGGGAACCUCUAUGAUAAAUUGAUAAAUGUCAAAAGUUGUAUUUCUUUGUUCAUUCUUUACAUAAAAACACAAGCUAUAUUAAAAACUCAAUACAGGAAGUUGGUAUGGAAAUUUAUGUAUAAGCAAUGCAGAUUUUUGGAGGAGCCCAACAAGAGGAAGACAACUAAAUAUUCAAUUCAGAAACUUACU